UUACUUUAUUAGUAGUGUUAUGCUUCCACCGGCAAGAUUCUUCCCCAAAACCGGCGAACCCUUGUCUCGGGCUCCGCUGUGCAAAAGUCCAAACCACGCCUCGUGAUCUCACACCAAAUCUUCCACGGCGAUGCAAGAGGCCGAGGAGCCCAGCACCAAGCUUCCGUCCCGCUCCCCCCUCGACGGGCCCGCCCCUCCCCCUUACCACCAUCACCACUACGGCACUUUCCUCCCGCCGCCGCCGCCGCAGCAGCAGCAGCAGCAGAAGCCCGACGGAGCAGCCUCCAACCACCCGUUCCCGGCCGGGUACGCAGCUCAGGGCGUUGUUGCCUUCCCGUGCACUGUGCAGCAGCUGGUCCUCGUGGAGGGCGUGCCCAUCAGGGAGCCUCCGCUUCCGUUUUGCGGCAUCGGCCUAGGCUGGAUUUUGUUCUUACUGGGGUUUUUCUUGGCUGCACUUCCCUGGUAUGCUGGUGCUUUUAUUCUAUUCUUUGUUGCUUUGGACCACAGAGAGAAGCCUGGAUUGAUUGCAUGCACUAUUGCUGGUAUUUUUGUGCUAGUUCCUUUCAUCCUCAAUGGCAUAAGAGUGCAUCCUUUCUGGUGAUACUGGAAGUCAUCAAUCCAAAUCUGGAUGUACCUAUUAUUUCAGAAACCACAUUCCUUUUCUAAAGAUGUAAUAUAUUUAUCACCAAUGUGAAGAACUAAACAGAUGAGCUAUCUCCAGACUGUAUCUUCGUGUAGAGACGCCCAUGACCUGUGUAAUAUGUUCAUCAGUGUAAAGUGAUCGACGACAUGGUUGUCGAAUAAACAAGGUGCCAUCAAAUGGCAAACUGUAAUAGUGACGGUUAAUGUUACACGGUACUUUAAUCGAACAAAAUCCAAGGAACUCGAUCCAAGAACAGUAUGUCA